AUGUUCUGUCAAAUUUUGAUAUUUUUCUUAUUAACUGUUCUAUACACCACUUCGAUAGUAUCUGCUGUUCAAUGUCAUAAUUCUGACUGCUUUAUCAAUUUAAAUCGUACUAUCGAUAUUAUUAAUACAACACACUGUACGUACAGUGCAGCAGAUGUUUGUACCACUUCAUUAGAGAUCGAACUGUUACCAAGUGAAGGAAUCCUAACAACAACGGUCUGGUUUCGAAAGAAAUCCAUAACACAAAAAUUCAUUUACUUAUGUACAACUGACGCCUUCUGUGGCAAAGAUCGUGCUCAAGAACUUUUUCAUCAAGCUAAAGCAUUGAAUGGUGAUUCAAUAUUGAACAAUCUAACAGAAUCUCUGCAUCAGACUUCAGCAAAUAACAAUCCAAAGUGUAAGAAUGAACAAAAUGAGGAGGUAACUUGCAAUAGCGGUAUCUGUCAAGCGAUAAUUUAUAGUGGAAACGAUGUUGUAACCCGAGCAUGCGUUUCACCACGCGAAACACAUAGAUGUCAUAAUACCAUUACACCGGGUAUCCAAGCCUAG